AUGUACUCUACGCAGCCGAACGGAGCUGAUAGUGCGACAAUCAACCCGGCUGCUCUCAACUCUGAAGACCUACUAAACACUAGCUCUCGCGGCAUCAAAAGAAGCCGAUCCCCCGACAACUUCCAGGAGACAGCUCCCGCAGGUAAUCAAGGUGACUCUAACCCGAGAAAACGUGGAAAGUCGUUGAAAGGAAAAACCUCCGGAAGCAUUUCCGAGACUGCCGGCCAGGCCCUCGUAUCCAACAUGCCUCAAACCAUCCCACCACCGCAAACCCCUCAAAACCAGGCCGCGCCGCUGCCAGGAGGGCAGACUGUCGCCUACGCGCCCGCACAAGCGUCCCCUCCGCCGAAGACCACACCGACGAAGACGACGCUGAAAGCCUUGCCCACUGUGAGAGACCACACCACCGAUCAACUCAAUGCUGCCGGCGAUGAAUAUCUCCCGAGAGAGAUCGACGAAUUUGGGGAGAAGAAGGUGAUGCCCAAUGGCCAGCUCUUGGGUGGCCGUGAAUACAAAUGCCGGACGUUCCUGGUUCCCAACCGCGGUGACAAGCUUUUCAUGCUAGCGACUGAGUGCGCGAGGGUGCUGGGUUAUCGUGAUUCGUACCUCUUGUUCAACAAGAACAGGUCGCUCUACAAGAUCAUUGCCAGCCAGCCCGAGAAGGACGACCUUGUUAGCCAGGAAAUUCUCCCAUUCUCGUACCGGUCUCGGCAGAUCGCAAUUGUGACAGCACGAUCCAUGUUUCGUCAAUUUGGCAGUCGUGUCAUUACCAAUGGCCGAAGAGUUCGCGAUGACUAUUGGGAAACCAAGGCACGCAAACAAGGGUUCACUGAAGCCGACUUGGCUGGUGAGAAGCGCCCCGGGGCCGCGAAGGCAAGAGAAGCCGCAGCCGAAGCACAGAACCAGGUUAUGCUGGGAGGCCCUCACGGAGAGAUCGUCUACAGCAACACUCCCAGCCAGUUCCCCGGCGCCCCUCAACCUCAGAUCGUCCAACCAGGUAUGCUUGGAGCGCCAACCGGAACCACGACCAGAAUGCCCGUGAUAACACUAGGAUCAGAGCUCAGUGACAACCGCCCCCGUGAUUAUAGCGGAAUCCUCAAAGGCGGACCUCGCCAGGAGAUCACCGGCCCGGCCUACCAGGACCAGACGCGCCCCGCGCAGAUUGGAGAAGUUCACGCCCAAGCACACCACGCUGCGGAGUACAACCGAACGCUGAACCAGCAACGUGACAUGCGCGGCGAUUACCUUCAGGGCAUAUGGAGGCGACCGCACGAGCAACCCCAGUCGUCAAACCUGACUCAGGGCGUGGCCACGACUGAUGCGGCAGUACCAACGACGCGGGCAACUCAGUCACCGCACACAACGGCCAGCGGUAUGCCACAGUCUGGCAUCGUGCCCAACCAGAGUCCCCAAAUGAUGAUGACGGCCCCACCAUACUCCCAGUCGAUUCACGCGCAGAAUCCAAUUAGUCAGGCUCCGAUGAGAGGUAUGGCCCAACCGUCUUCCCAAAAGAACAGCAAGCCAACGACUUUGCCUGCAGCAGGGAGUGCGAGCAAUAUGCCACAAGGCGCCCAGGGCUACCACUACCCUGCUUCCGGCCAAAUGUGGCCUCAGACGCAGCAAAACCCUCAGCACAACUACUCGGGGUACACAACGCAGAAUCAACAGUCUCAUCAGCAAUCACCGGCCCCUCAACUCCGGCACGCGAGCAGCGGUGUGCAGCCAGCAAUGCAGUUCUCUGGAAUGCCCGGUAUGGGGCAAAGCUAUGGUGCGGGUCAGGGAAUCUACCCGGCAGAUCAGACUCCUCGUCAAUACAUGCCCCAACCCAACCAAGGCUCGCCGGCUGUCACGCAGGCUUGGUCCAACCAACAGACGCCAGCACAGUGGUGGACAAACCAACCUCAAUGA